AUGCCUGAUCAAUUAACUCAUUUAGAUCGAGUCGAUGGUUUACGCCGUUGGCAAGAGGACUUCGAGAAGGACUUUUCUAUUCGGGAUUUACGACAUGAACUUGAAAAAUUUGUCAGCCAAAAUAUUUUUAGAGAAAUCUGUAACAUGCAGAAAGAAAAAGAAAAGAUUGAAAAAUUAUUUUUCUAUCUCAUCUACAACAAAAAAGAUGUCAGACCUUUUAUAAAUAUUUUGCGAGAUCCUUACGAUUGGAUUUAUGAAAAAAUUUGCAAGUCCAAAGGUGAUCAAUGGAUAUCAGACUACAAAAGAGCAAUUCAAGAUAUUCCCAACAAUCAAGACUGGAAUAUUCAUCGAGUAGAAUAUCUGUGGAAAAUCCAACAACAUUUAAAAAUAAUGCAACGUGGAAAUUAUUUGAUUUUGUUUGGGAAGCUUGGAUUCGGGAAAAGGUGGUUGGCCGCUGACGCAUGCCGUGACUUCAGUGUUAUUCAAAAAAUGAGCUUCAAAAUAUUUUGGCUCAAUGUCAGCAAAUGUUCAACACAAGAACUUAUCCUUGAAAAGAUGCAUCGACUCAAAGUUAUUCUUAAUGCCGAUAAUUCCAGCAUCAAAUACAACACAUACAGCGGUAAUACAAAGAACGAAAUCAUUCAUAUGAAAUAUUAUUUGAGAAAGAUUCUCGAGCAACCAGAAUAUAAAGAUUGUUUGCUUGUAUUAAGCAAUGUUCAAGACGUGGACAUAAUUAAAGCUUUCAAUUUGAAAUGUAAGAUCUUCAUAACAACAAGACAUAUUGAGAAAUUAGAUUGGAUCUCGAAAGACUCAAAGACAACGAUUGAUAUCAAGCAAGGCUUCACAACUGACGAAAGCAUAGAAUUGUUCCAUAAUGCCUUCAAUGGUGAACUUCCGGGAUAUAUGGAAGACUAUAUUGAAAAUUUUCACACCAAAACGCAGGGCCAUCCAUUUAUUAUGUCACAAAUUGCCAAAUCAUUUCAAAAUUUCGAGGAAUCACAAAAUGCACGAAAAACCAGAUGUGAAAAUUGGUUGAAAAAUCUUGAAGAGUACAAACCAACAGGCGAAUAUUUUCAAUUGUCCAUGGAAGAAUCUUUGAAGUUUCUUUCUGAUAAACAAAGAAUUUGUUAUGAUAAAAUGGUCAUAUUUGCUGAUAAUUCUGAAAUUCCAUUAAAAGUUCUUGAGAAGAUUUGGGAAACUGAUGCAGCGGAAACUGAAGAAAUUGUUUUAAAGUUAUACAAAUAUUCUUUGAUUGAAUAUUCUGACAUGAAAGACAUUGACAAAUCGUGUUCAUUACAUUACUUACACUUUCAUUUUCUCGAAAAUCAAGUCUCUAAACAAACACGUGAAGCUUAUCAUCGACUUUUGGUGGAGAAGUAUGAAGUUGAGAGAAUAUUUCAUGAGCGAAAAGAAUUCGAAUUAGAUUUCCCUGAUGACGGAUACUUUUACUAUUAUAUUCCAUAUCAUUUGGAAGGUAGCAAGAUGGAACAUUUGUUCAAAGUUUAUUUGGAUUUUGGGUUUCUUGAGAAGAAAAUGAAAAUCACGAAACUUCCAAACACUGUCGGUGAUUUGAUAAGAUUCAAAAAAUAUAUUUUUGUUGGCGAUAAUUGCGAACUUGAACUUGACGCUCUCAUCGAUUUCCUGACCAAAAGUGAACAUUCAAUUUUUGCAUCAGAUGAUGUCAAUCUACUACAAUGUGCUUUGGCUAGUGUUGGAAAUGUUAGAAAGACAGCAGAAAUUCAAUCGAAGAAGUUUAUAGAUCGUGUUUGGAUGAACGAUUAUAAUCAUGCUGAAAAUCAAACACAAAUCGUUCAACUCGCUUGCAAUUCUCAACCACAAUUGGUUAGAUUUGUUAAGCCAACAGAUAAUCUUGUUUGUUUAAUAACAUUACAAGACAAUAACAUCUUACUUCAUGAUAUAUCUCAAGGAUACUUGGACACUCCUGUACUUUAUUACAGUGAAACACCGAAAAGUGUCAUCAUAGAUUUACAAGUUUUUCGUAACAAUACAUUCCUAGCAUUAAACGACUUGGGAAAGUUGUCAGCUUACACUCUCAAGAACAGUCCAACGCGAAGAUUUGGUCCACAAAAAGUAUCAACAGUGAAAAGUGUUGACAGUCAAAAUAAUAAACUUCUCCAACGUUUAGACGGCGGUCAAGAUAAGUUCACAUGUUUUAAUGUUUUCGAGCAUCAUUCUGACUCCGUGAACUCUGAAAUUGAUUUAAUUGUGGGGACAAUAAACGGCAAUAUCAAGUUCUAUCAAUGGAAGUUGAAUAAGUUUGAAGAAAAGCGUGGGAAAAUGAUUAAAUCAAGAUUCUCAGAUCUCUUUCGAAUGGCUCACAUUCUCGAUAAAUAUGUGAUGCUUUUAAAUGCUCAAGGAGACUUAAGGUUCAUUAAUUUAAUCAAUUCUGGGUUGAUUCCGACAAAUUGUAAAUGGGAAGGUCUCGAGUCACCACUUAAUCUUCAUCAAGGCAUAUGCAAAUACAAGAAUCAACCGAUAAGUUUGUGUGUGUCGACAAAGAAAGUUGUCCAAAUCGCUCAUGAAUUGAAAACGCCGCAUGUCAAUGCUGUUGUGUUUAUGCAAAUUGAUGAGAUUUUCGUCGCACAAAAUGAGAAUGACGACAAUCGAAUAUUAUCAAGUACAAUGUCAAGUAAUGCUGAAUAUUUAGUGCUGGGAACGACUAAAGGGAUCAUCGUCAUUGACAGAUUUGACAAGCAAGUCGUGUUUAGAAGAAAUGUCAGUGAUCAAGUAUUAAGUUUGGAUCUUUAUUACGAUCCAGAUGAUGCACUUUACAUUUUAAGUUCGAUUUUCAAAGAUGCUGGGCAAAUUAUCAGUCUUUAUGCUUUUAAUGACAAUCGCGAUGACUUAGCAUUGAUGAACCACGAAAUGAAUUUCCUUGUUGGCGAUGACUUAUUUGAUGUCAAACAAUCACAUUCGAUGGAUGAAUGGAAAAUGGUUGCUAUCGACGCAAAGAGAAACAUUCAUUAUCGUUCAAGCGGCGAUGACUUUUCACAAUCUGAUGACCAAUUUCCAUUUCCAUAUCAAGUGAAGAAAAUUUGUUGGUAUGGUGAACGAGUAAUUGUUGGCUGUACAAAUGGUUCCGUUUAUAUCACAAAUCAAAUGAACGAAAUAAAUUCGUUGACAAGUCUUUUGAGUGAAAUAACUUACUUACAAUGUUUUGAAGAUGUCAUCAUUGCAAGUUGUAAUUUAUCAUACAAAAUCAUCAAGUUAAGUGAAAGAGAAACAGAAUAUGAUGGAGAAGUCACCAAAGCUUAUCAUUACAACGUCAAUCAACUUCUUUUAGUAAAGAAAAAUUGUGCAAUUGAAGUUGUUGACACGACAAAUGGCAACAUUGUGAUGACAAAAGUUUUGACAAACGAUUUUUGUUCGGCUCAAGCUUAUUACGAUAAUUUAGUAAUUAUUGGGACUGAAAUGAAUUUUGUUCACAUUUGGAAAGUUAAUGAGUUUGAUGAUGAUGAAGAUACAAGGAAAUUUGAAGUCGACAAGAUGAUAACAGCUUUGGCUGUUUCUAGAGAUAAAAACUUCUUAGCGAUUGGAUGUUCCAAUGGAUACAUUGAAAUUAUAGACUUAAUCCACAUGACGCCAAUUAAAAGACUAGAAUCUCAUAAACGUCCAAUUAUGAGACUGAGAUUCUCACCAUGGAGCAGUCCCAACGAUCCUUUGAUUCUUCUUAGUGUUUCGGAAUCGAUAAUCUUCUGGAAUAUUCGGUCAAUUGUCAACAAUCAACUUGAGAUGAAACGAAAAGCUUCGCCUGGACGAUUAAGAGUAAGUCAAAGAUUUAAACAAGCUUUGAAAGUUUCAACAGCAGUUGAUACGAGUAGUCAGUUAUUAAAUGCAACUGAAAAAUUAUCACUUGUUGAAAAGAAUCCUUGGCGUUACAAAACUGGUCCUUCCGCUAAACCCGAACUGUUAUCGUGCAUUAAACUUGUAGCAAAAAGUGCUAAACGAAUUGUACAUAGCGAUGACUUUACACGCUUUGUAACAAUCGACAACGAAGGGAACAUUUAUCACCUUCGUAUGAUACAAGAGAAUUCAGACUCGGACAUCUCAAUUGACUUCAAUGAGAAUCCCAUUCAACAUUAUCAAUGACGGUUGAGACUUUUUAUAAAAUUUUUUCAACUUUUCUUUAUUUUACUUUAUUAUUUCCUACUUUUUAAAAUUUUAGUCCAAAACUUUUUUUAGUUUUAAUUUUUAUUUCACUGAUGAUACAGUGAAACGUUAGAUAUAGAAGAUUAUAAUUUGAUUAAAUCAUGUCAUGAUUUAUUUAGAGCUCAAUUUGUUAGUGAGAAGGUUGUUAAAUGCUUUUAGAUUACUGAUAGGCAACAUGACAUUGGAUACUUAAGAGCGACGCCAUAACUACAUAAUUAAUUAGAAUUUCUUAACUCAUCUUAAUUAUCUUGAAAUUAUCUAAAAUUUAGAUAUUUAAUAAUAUUUUUUAUGGUUCAACAUGAACAACAUUAGAAAUUAAAAGUUAUCAAAAGUGCCAGAACAAAUUUAAAAAUAUCACGAAAAAUUUUGUAAGAAAUUAAGAUUCCAUCCAUUUGAUUUAUCUCUCUUUAGAGUGGAAACUCUUCUCGACUGCUUU